GCCCAGGUUCUGGAGACGAAUCCCAACCCACCAACUAACCAACACAUAGCAGUAACGAGUGAUCCCGUGAGAUCUCAAUACCGUCAAAAUGGCCCGUCGUCCCGCCCGUUGCUACCGGUACUGCAAGAACAAGCCGUACCCCAAGUCGCGCUUCAACCGCGGUGUCCCCGACCCCAAGAUUCGCAUCUUCGAUCUUGGCCGCAAGAAGGCGACUGUCGAUGACUUCCCUCUCUGCAUCCACAUGGUCUCCAACGAGUACGAGCAGCUGAGUUCCGAGGCUCUCGAAGCCGCUCGCAUUUGCGCCAACAAGUACUUCGUCAAGACCGCCGGAAAGGAGUCCUUCCACCUCCGCGUCCGCGCCCACCCCUUCCACGUCGUCCGUAUCAACAAGAUGUUGUCUUGCGCCGGUGCCGAUAGACUUCAGACUGGUAUGCGUGGUGCCUGGGGUAAGCCUAACGGCACUGUCGCCCGUGUCAACAUUGGCCAGAUCAUCAUGUCCAUCCGUACUCGUGACUCCAACAAGGCUGUUGCCCUCGAGGCCCUCCGCCGCUCCCAGUACAAGUUCCCUGGUCGCCAGAAAAUCAUUAUCUCCAAGAACUGGGGCUUCACCCCCCUUCGCCGCGAGGAGUACCUCGAGAAGAAGGCCGCUGGCCGUGUCAAGGUCGACGGUGCCUACGUCCAGUUCCUUGCCAACCACGGCUCCCUCGAGCAGAACAUGAAGCGCUUCCCCGAUGCUUUCGCCUCCGAGGCUUAAGUUAGUGGUUUCAGCUUUCUUCUGGGAUUUGGGUUUCUACGGGCUGGCGUCUAAAGUGGUUGCAUGUCAACAUGAUGAGAGUCAUGCCGCGGCAGACUCUAGAUAGGAAUUCAAUCAUUGACACUUCACAACAUCAUGCCUCUAUGCUACAUGACGAAUGGGAACGGGAUUAUCAACUGCGUACUAGCUUCAUGAGUUGGGCUUCAGAAAACGCUUGAUGAUCGAGCCUAGCGGGAAAUAAAGACAGAUACCAUCCAUCAUUUUGAGACCUGCAGAUGAGCCAAGAUACGUGAGGCUGAACCAAGGAUGAUGUCAACCUGAAAUGGUAAGUUUCUAAAGUGACAUGCUGCGCCAGACACUUUAGAGCCCGUGGAUCACCCGCAGCAGAGUGUGACACCACGAGGCCGGCGGGCACGGCCUCAGCUGGGUCACGCGGACGAACCCCUCCAUCCAUCAUCUGCUCAAUUUCGCCUGGGAUGUCUUGACACUGACAGGAGUCACUGAGAGGGAACCACCAUCUAAUUUCACAAAAAAAAAAAAAGUGGCGAGGUUUGAUGCUGUAUGGGAUGGAGCCUUUGUGAGGCAAAUAGUACGUAAUUCAUGCUGAGAAAUGCACAGAAGAAACGAAAGGAAAGGAAAAAAAACUUGUCCCUUUUCUCUCGGGGACCCGGAAAGCGACCGUGAUCUCGUAAGCGCAACGGCUGAAUCAGACACCGUGAGCUGAGAGUCUACGGACACAGGUCCUGAAUACAUCGUAUGGACAAAGUACGCAAGAAUAGCAUCUUACUUGCGUAAUUGCGGUCAUGUAUCGUAGUAUUGGGAGCCAGUGCAGGAACAGCCCGCCAAACCGCCUGAACAGCAGCGCCCUGUCAGAGGUGCAGCAGCAGGUGUAAGCGCAGGGCGACGGGAUGGGUGCGCGCCAGUCAAAGGCCGACAUCAGAUCUGGGGGUGAAGGGCUGGUUGGCGGGAAUGAGAUUGGGGUGCAGACACCGACCAACGGAGAACCUGGAACAAGCAGGCGGUCGAGCCGACGGACUCAACUCUCUCAGUAGUAGGACUCAGGAGAGGGACGGUGUGGUGGUGCAGCGUGGGCGGCGAUCAGGUCCCACCGAGAUCCCAGGUGACCUAAAUGACGUUAUCGGGAUUUCGGAUGGUGCUCGGUGUGAGACUUUCUUGGAGAGACGUUGGGAUAGGGAGGUAGGUACCGGUCCGCGAAGUUUGAAAUGUCUUUCUGGGCUCUAGACUGUCCCGGGUUGUUUGGUUGAGGAGACCAGAAAGUACCUUUGGGACCUUCUGACUCCUGAGGGUUUACGACUCGUGAGAGGUUCGAGAAACCUCCCCAAGCUUGCUCCGAAAGUCGGCAUGAGGGUCGCCAACUACCCGAAAAUGAGCGAAAAGAGUCAGUUUCCAAAGCAUCCAGAGUGGAAUGGGUGACACAUUGCACAAAAUUUCUCUCCUUUCCCUUCCCCCUUCCGAUGCUGAAUGGGGCCCUAGCAUAUCAAAGUAGACUCGGAGCUGGGAGGGGCAUUGAUCUCGGUGAUAAGCUGGUGGGCGGUUGUCUUCCAUUUCGAUGGGAUUUCCUAAACUGCUGCGACUAACAAAGAAGGCAUCAUGGCAAGCAUGGAUCUGCUUGUUGGUCGGGGAAAGAUAGCCACCAACGUGACACCAACCCCUCGGUGGCUUUACGUACGAGGCAGAUGCUAU